AUGGAAGGGCUACAUGAUGCUUCACCAGGGGGACCAUAUCUUGAGACGAACACUCCAUAUACACGUUCUCAAAGUGUUGCUUCUUUUGUGUUUGACGUACUUCAGCCACCAACUGCUCUUGGUUCGGGGACCGAUCCCCCAAGAAGUGCACGCCCCCCUGCCCUUGGACUGUCAGGAACUGGGACAAUGUCUAGCGGCGAAUUUCUAUCGUACGUGAUAAUCUCGGGUGGCACAGGGUGCAAUGCAAUUUGCUCGGCUUUCGGGGAGAACGCUUGCUAUGUGCUUCCUGUAUCGGAUAAUGGCGGAAGUUCGAGUGAGAUCAUACGGGUUCUUGCUAUCAAAGGUGACAUACGUUCUCGCCUUUUACGCCUCAUCCCCCCUGCUUCAUCGGAUUCUCCGACUGAAAGGAUACGACAUCUUUUAUCUUAUCGUUUCCCGUUUGAAUACACCGAGCGAGUGGCUCGAGAAGCGUGGCGAGAUAUAGUUGAAGGGAGGAGCUCCCUUUGGUCUGGCAUUCCCUCGGAUCGGAAAGAGACCAUACGAGGCUUUCUUGUGUAUUUCGAUGGGGAAGUUUUAAAGCGCGCCAACAAGCAGUUUUCCUUUCGCAAUGCUAGCAUUGGAAACUUUUUCUUGACAGGGGCACAUCUUUUCUUUCGGUCUAUUCCCUCUGCGAUCUUUUUGAUGUCGUCUAUCACUGGAAGCAAGGCAGAUGUACUGCCUGUUCUAGUGACAAAUCAUACUGUUACUAUUGCGGCAAAGCUGAAGAAUGGAGGGACCCUGGUGGGUCAAUGUGAAAUAUCUCACCCUCCAACCAGUUUGGUGGCACCACAUAUGGCACCGAUCUCAAUUUCGACGUCUCGAAUUCAUUAUCCCGGGGGCUGCAGCGCACUCUCCAAUAUCAACUACGCAAAACUGGAGGAUCAUCAAUAUGAUCCGUUGGACUCUCCUAUAGAGCGGAUAUUCUACAUCAAUCAGUAUGGCCAGGAAGUAUACCCACUACCCAAUCCUCAAUUCCUCAAGAACUUAAAUUCGAGGUUCACCCUAGUCUAUUCCUGUGGCUCCCUAUUCACGAGUAUCAUUCCAUGUCUGGCGUUAAGAGGUGUGGGACCUGCAAUAGCUAACUCCCAUACCCUGCGGGCCAAAGUUCUCCUCCUCAACGGCAAGAACGAUCGUGAGACCGAUGGAUUCACGGCUACUGAUUAUAUUCGAGCAAUUUCAAAGCAACUAAAUUUCUGCCAAUCACCAAAUCCGCAAAUGCCAAUGCGAGAAACUUCAUAUCCCGUAUCAGCCUUCAUUACACAUUUGGUUUAUUUAAAGAAUUCUGCAGUGAAGGUAGACAGAGCUGAGAUUACGAGUUUGGGCGUCGGAUGUGUUGAAAUCGAAGGGGUAGGCCAAUGCUUUGAUGCUCAGUCAGUAGAGGAGGCCUUGGGGCUAAUUCAGGAUUCUUUACCUUUCUGUUGA